UUUUUAUCUUGAAGAGUAUCAUGAUUCAACUCAAUCACAAGCGCAAGAACAGCGGCCUUCCCGACGUCUUGAAGCCGUGCGAUGUCUUUGACCUGAUUGGCGGCACAAGUACGGGAGGGCUGAUCGCCAUCAUGCUUGGGCGAUUGGAGAUGGACGUGGAUGAGUGGAUUGCGGCAUUCUACGAGCUUUCCGCCGUCGUCUUGGCCCAGUCGGUGGGCAGGCUUCCUGUCCGCUUUAUUAACGGACACCCACAGCAACGGUUCGAUUCAAGCAAGCUGAAGAUUACCGUGAUCAAACUCAUCACCAGCCGGGGUCUCUCGCCGGAAGAACCAUACGACGGCGGCCAAGAUCACAGUUGCAAGGUCUUCGUGUGCGCCGCUUCGAAUGACCUCCAUGGGAUUCAACGACUGAGAACGUAUGACUUCCAGGAGGAAAAGGCCAUACCUUGUACCAUCUGGGAGGCUGCGCUGGCGACAUCGGCCACGAGUGGAUUCUUCGACCCCGUGCAAAUUGGUUCACACCAGUAUGUCGACGGCACUGUGGCAGCGAACAACCCGGUCGAUCAAGUGGAACGCGAGGCAUCGGACAUUUGGUGUCCCAACACUGGUGACUUGAAGUCACUCGUCAAAAGCUUCAUAUCUGUCGGCACGGGGAAUGCCGGCGGGCCGGUCGAGUAUCAAGUUAAUAUCCCCAUUUCAGUGGCGUUAGCCAGUAUCGCGACCGAAACGGAGGAGGCAGCGGCAAAGGUCAUCAAUAGAUUGAGACAGAAGUACGACAACAGGCAAUUCUUCCGAUUCAAUGUCGAACAAGAGCUCCAGAACGUCGGUCCUGAGGAAUACGCGAACCGAGGAGCCAUUGAGACAGCGACUGAAGAGUAUCUGCACGAAGCUGCACAGAAGUCGCGGGUGUGGGAAUGCGUCCAGAGCCUGAGGGAAAAGCGGAGUGUGUUCGACGGAGAAGUUCGGUAGCGCGUUAUUGUAGCUAACAAGUAUACUAUGGAACCG